AUGGCUGAUUUGGUUGGAGCACCGGAUUUAAGAAGUAAGUGAUGUUCUAGCUUGUUGUGGACAUUAAAUUCACUUUAAGCUUUAACUGUUUUUAAUUGUUUGUCUCAAAUAAAUAAAACACCAAGUUUGUUGCCUAAAACACGCAAAAACUUUCAAAGAACUUACAGAAAACAAAUUUACUUUUUUCAGAAUCUCUUGGUGGCGACAUUGAAAUUGACUUUGGAUUGUCCAUUCCAUUGCUAAAGUAUUGUAAGUUCCCUCUUCUCUUUUCUUUAUGUUGCCAGCGGCGGCCUAAAACUGGUAAAAUUAUAUAACUACAAAAACACGAUUUAAAAUUAAGUCAGUGAAAAUUAUAGUUGUUACCUAAAAACGUAUCGCAAAACACCUUUGAUGUGAGACAAUUUUCAACCGCUGAAAACCGAUCGAAAUCCAAAAAAUCAAGAUUUUUUUCAUAAAAAACCAAAGUAAAUCGAUCCUUUUGAAAGCUCAUAGCAACAAGCAAAACAAAUUUGUCAAAAACCUUUUCAAGAUCAAGCCAAAAAUUCGCAAAAUCCAUUCCAAAGCUCGAAGGCCAAAAAUAUUUUCACGAAAAUCCAAAGUUAUUAUCCCCGAUCUGCCAACCAGAUCCGCAGCCCGCACAAGAACAAAACCCGCCAAAAAUCCCUUUCCAAGUUUUCAUUGCACCGUGCAGUCGUUUUUUGGCUCUCUAAAUUUGUCGAUUUUCUUCCUUUCGAUUUUCUUCAAAAAUCGAGCAAAUCGAGCGGGCCCGAAAAGGCCUUUUCGGCCAAAAUUGGCUUGCACAGUGCAAUCAUAAUGGGGGAGCAAGAGAGCGCGAGAUUUGUGGAGAGUGGGCGGAGAAAAGGAGUGGUCGCGGAAAUAGGUUGCGCAACUGCGGGAAAAACAAGAGGCAGACUUGCGACAAGUAGAGAGCACUGCGAUUUGAGAGUUGCCAGAGAAGGUUAGAGAAAAACAAAAAUGGCCAGUUUUUGAGAUUUUUGGAUCGCCAAAUUUGUCGAAAAUCCUUCGAUCUUGAAAAAGGAAUAUCGGCAACCAAAAGGGUCUUGCACAGUGCAAUCAAGAAAAAAGGGAACGCAAGAUUUGAGGAGAGUGGCCAGCGAGAGGGAGUGGCCGUAAAAAUAGGUUGCGCAAUUGCGGUAAAAGCGAGAGACAGACUUGCGACAAAGAGAGAACACUGCAAUUUGAGAGUUGCCAGAGAAGGUUAGAGAAAAACAAAAAUGGCCGGAUUUUUGAGAUUUUGAGAUCGCCAAGUUGUCAAAAAUCCCUUCGAUCUUGAAAAGGGAAUUUUGUGAGGUAUAAAAAGGGACUUGCACGGUGCAGCGGCAUUUCAAAAGGGUAGUUUUCGCGGGUGUUGCGUAAUGCGGCCUGCGACCUUGUGGCGCAGAGAGGCUGAUACCUCCGCACUGUGCAAGCCAAAUUUGGCCGAAAAAGCCUUUUUCGAGCCCGUUCGAUUUGCUAGAUUUUUGAGGAAAAUCGAAAGGAAGAAAAUCGACAAAUUUGAAGAGCCAAAAAAAGGCUGCACGGUGCAAUGAAACUUUGGAAAGGAAUUUUUGGCGGGUUUCUUGACCGUGCGACCUGCGGAUCUUGUUGGCAGAUCGAGGAUAAUAACUUUGGAUUUUGUGAAAAGGUUUUUGGCCUUCCAAGGUUUGGGCUCGAGUGGCUCGAUCUUGAAAAGGAUUUUGACAAAUUUGUUUUGUCCAGUGCUAUGAGCUUUCAAAGGGUUUUUUGGCGGGUUUCUUGAUAGUGCGAACUGCGGAUGCUAUUGGCAGAUCAGGGAUAGUAACUUUGGUUUUUUUACAAAAACAUUUGUUUUUUUUCAGAUUUUGAUCGGUUUUCAGCGAUUGAAAAUUGUUUUUACGCAAAAGGUGUUUGGCGUUAUUAAUUUUUAGGUAAAAAUUAUAAUUUUUUCUAUUUUGGUUUAAAAUUUUUGAGUUUAUUUAAUUUUAGGUAACAAAUAAAAUAAAAUUUAUUUGGGAUUUACUAUUUGGGUCUCUAUAAAUUUUAGGUAGCAAAUAUCAUGUAUAUUUGGAUUUUGUAAAUUAUAGGUAACAAAUACGUUUUUUACAAAGUUGAGCCUAAAAAUUUUGGUUUUUAAUUUUGAAUAACAGAUAUGAUUUUUCUGCUAAACCAAUGUAAAAACAAUUUUAUAAGUUUAUUUCAGCCAGUCCAUUUGGUCAAUUCAAAGUUCGUUAUCCAUGUGAGCUAAACUGCGAAAGUUUCGAUGCUUUGGGCACACCUGAAUGUCGCUGGAGGAAUGAACUGUCUGAUUGUUGUGAAAGCGGUGGAGAGGAACUGGACUGGGUUCGCGUGAAAAAUGGCUGGGGUUUGGAGGAAGGAAUCACAAUUUUUGGCACUGAACAACGAGCAGGUUUGUAUUUUUAUUUGUUUUACUUGUUUUAGAGUGAAUAACGUGGUUGUUGGCCUAAAAUGGUCGAUAAAUUGGUCGAGUAGGAAAUUAUACCUAAAAGGCAAUGAUGCGCUAGAGUUUUUUUAGUGUUAUUUUAUUGUUUUGGUUUAAAAAGGCUUUAACUCUUUGAAAACAAAGUCUUUAGGUGGUAUAGGUAUUAAGUUUACGCAAUUUCAGCCAAAAAUUUGACAGUGUAUAUCAAGAUUCAUAAAUAAGCAUCUAUUUUAACUAACCAAAACGUUUUUCCAGCACGUUACUCAAUUUUGGUUGGAGCGCAAGAGAAACGAGCACCAAACGACGCAGCUUUGUUGGUAUCAGAUCCUUUACAAUGUCAAGAAGGUGACGGAAUAUUGAAGUUUCGAUACUGGACGUCUCCACAUACUGUUAUCAAGGUUUGCACUCGUCCUCCAGGCUUAGGCAGAGAAUAUACAUGGUGCGGGAAAGACAUUACAAAAGGAGAUCCGGGACCGGCGGAAGUUGUUAUACCUGGAAGUAUUAUGCAGGAUUUUGAAGUGAGUUUUGGAAAUAAAGUUUUUUUUGGGGUGUGAAGAAAGUUUUUGUCAUUUUUUGUGUUGUAAGGAAAGUUUUUGCAAUUUAAUAGAUUUCAGUUGGUUAUAGAAGCCAGUCAUUUUGACUACGAUGCUUUUGGGUUUCAAGGAGGCGUUGUCAUUUUGGAUGACAUUGAAUACAAUGCUACUGCUAUCUACAACUGCAGGAAUAGUAAGUCAAUUCUGUUUUAGGUAACAAAGUACAAAACUUUAAAUUUUGUUUGGAAUUAUGAAAUUUACUAAAAACUAAUUUCAGUACCCCACAUAGAGCCACUAGUACCAUUACCAAUAAAAACCUGUGACCUAUUGGAGUGUGAAUUCAACGAACUUGACCGUUGUUACCUAAAAUUGCGUCGAACCGGUUGGCGCCAUUCCCAAAGUGCCAUAGGCAAUCGUCAGACUGGGAUUCGGAACCUGCACGAUGGAGCAUUUGUCUACGUUAAAGGAAGGGGAAAGAAACCAUUGAAUUUUGGUGAAUUUUCGAUUCCAAGGCAACUAUUAAUGGAAUUUUGUACUUACAUAGCGAGUCAAGAUGCUCAUAUUGCUGUAGAGGCGCAUAUUAAGGGUUAUGAAAGGCAGACGUAAGUGGAAAGAAAGUCUUUGUCAUUUUGGGGUUGGGAUGAACGUAUUAUUCGUUUUUAAGCUUGGAAAAACAUUUUUUUGAUGUUAUAAGGACUGGAAAGAAAGUAAUCGCUAUUCUUAGGCUAUCAGAAAUAACAGAAGAUCCAAAUCUGUACCAUAAAUGGGAUUGUCGUCGUGUGGUGCUACAGCCUGGUAAUUAUACCGAGGUAAGCAAUUUUUUGGUGGAUUGGAGGUUUUUAAAUGACUGUUGAUGUAAAAGGAAUGGCACAUUUGAAAAAACGUAUUGGUUUGCGCCAUUCUUUUCGCAUCAACUUUUUAGCUCUCAUUUGUCGUGCAACACUUGCCGUAUGAUUUGGCCUACGUUGGCUUGGAUGGUAUCCAUUUAUACGAAAUGGAUGGUGGUACUAGGCCUUGUUUUACCGAGGAUCCUAUUACAGAAUUGGCUUUGGUAUCGGAAGUUACUGAUGCUCCGGUUGAUCCGUUUUCGACUACAAAUUCAACUGAUUUGAAAUUGAAUUCACAGUUGGAAAGUCAGGGAUUAGUUGGCUUUAGUAAUGGUGCUGAUAUUGGUAGUGACGCUAAAGUUGAUUUUGUUAGUACUGGAGGCACUGGAAAUGAAAUUACUGGUAAUAAUGGUAUCGAAAGUGAAAAUUCUAAUGGUGAUAAUAAGGAAAAUUUGGUCAUUAAUACAGAUAAGUAUGGUCCUUAUAGUUCUGUCGAUGAUAAAAACGGUCUCGGUGAUGUUACUGGUGAUAGACCUGGAAUUGAUAGUGUGAACGGUAUUAAUGGGAUUGAAGAAGCAGUUCAUGGUACUAUUGGUUCUGAUGAUGAUGUAUAUGGUAGAACUAAUGGAGUUGAUAAUAAUGCAGAGAGUGGAAAUGACAUACUUGGUACAAAUGGGGCAUCAAAUGAAGUUUACGGCACAACUGAUGUUACAAAUGACUUAUUUAGUUCUAACGGAGAUUUGGAUGAAAUUUAUAAUGGUGUUAAAAAUUUAAAUCUUGAAACCAAUAGAGAACACAAUUUAUCUUUUGAUAAUAACGGGGCUAGAAACCCUGUAUCAGAUAUCAAAAAUAGUACACUUUAUGUUCCCAAAGCUAUGAGACCACCGACUUAUGAAGAGCCAGAUAACGAUAGUCAAAUGAGCAAUUUACAAGUAUCUGUACAUAAAUUGCCGGAAUUUCCUUUACCAUCAAAUGUCAUAACAGAAACUACAAGUGCAAUAGGUUUUAUUGAACCAGACGUCACUACAGAAUCGAUGUUAGAUUCUAUUUUGGCGCCGUAUAAUGAUGGGGCAGUGGAAGACUUCUCUGCUUCAAUAUCGAGUUAUAAAGCCUUGAAUAAUACUAGUUACGAUCAGCUACAUAACCUAGAAACGACAGAAGAUGUGCUACAGGAUCUAGAUGCUAAAAACUAUUUGCUACAAGCUUAUGAAGCAAAUAAAGAAGAGGUAAUGGAUACAAAAGUGAAUAAACACAAUUCUGAAGUAGAGGAACCUCAUAUGCAGGUCGAUAAAACCGAUUAUAGCGACAAUUUUAAUGUAGAAAACAUUGACCAGAACACCAUGUUGCCAGAAGAUGAAGAUUCAUACUUUGACGGUGAAGCUGUGGUACAAUACGAAGCUCUGAACCCAAGAAAACGUUUCAAACAACGUACAAAACGAAGGAUAAGAAAGCCUAUUUAUAGUGAGCCGGAAAAAAUGUUCUUGUAG